AUGUGGGUGCCGCUGCUGCUGCUGCUGCCGGAGCUGCUCCCCGCCGUGCCGGCCCAGAAGCUCUCCGCCCUCACGUUUUUGAGAGUGGACCAAGACAAAGACAGAGAAUGCAGCCUAGACUGUGCAGGUUCCCCUCAGAAAUCACUCUGUGCAUCUGAUGGAAGAACUUUUCUGUCCCGGUGUGAAUUUCAACGAGCAAAAUGCAAAGACCCUCAGCUGGAAAUAGCCUACCGGGGCAACUGCAAAGAUGUUUCCAGAUGUGUGGCUGAAAGGAAGUACACCCAGGAACAAGCUCGAAAGGAAUUUCAACAAGUGUUUAUCCCAGAAUGCAAUGACGAUGGCACAUAUAGUCAGGUUCAGUGCCAUAGUUACACGGGAUACUGCUGGUGUGUCACUCCCAACGGUCGUCCUAUCAGUGGUACUGCUGUGGCCCACAAAACUCCCCGGUGCCCAGGUUCAGUGAGUGAGAAGCUGCCACAACGAGAAGGUGCAGGAAAAACAGUCUCCUUGCAAAUCUUUUCCAUUCUGAAUUCAGAUGAUGCCUCAGCUCCCGCGCUGGAGACUCAACCUCAAGGUGAUGAAGAAGAUAUAGCUUCUCGUUAUCCUACGUUAUGGACUGAGCAAGUAAAAAGUAGACAAAACAAAACCAAUAAAAGCUCAGCAUCAUCAUGUGAUCAAGAACUUCAGUCAGCCCUGGAGGAAGCUAAACAGCCCCAGAAAGACAAUGUGUUCAUCCCAGAGUGUGCUCAGGGCGGCCUCUACAAACCAGUGCAGUGCCAUCCUUCCACGGGCUACUGCUGGUGUGUUUUGGUGGAUACGGGACGUCCCAUCCCUGGUACAUCAACGAGGUAUGAACAACCUAAGUGUGAUAACAGUGCCAGAGCUCACCCAACCAAAACAAAGGAUUUGUACAAAGGACGCCAGCUUCAAGGUUGUCCUGGGGCUAAGAAGAAUGAGUUCCUGACUAGUGUUUUGGAUGCAUUGUCCACGGAUAUGGUGCAUGCAGUCUCUGAUCCAUCAUUGUCUUCUAGCCGGGUUUCAGAGCCUGAUCCAAAUCAUACUCUGGAAGAGAGAGUGGUCCAUUGGUAUUUCAAACAGCUAGAUAAAAAUUCCAGUGGUGACAUUGGCAAGAAGGAAAUCAAGCCAUUUAAGAGAUUCCUAAGAAAAAAAUCAAAACCCAAAAAAUGUGUGAAGAAGUUUGUGGAAUAUUGUGAUGUGAACAAUGAUAAAUCCUUGUCAGUUCAAGAAUUAAUGGGCUGCUUGGGAGUGACAAAGGAGGAAGGUAAAGCAGAAACAAAGAAACGCCAUACGGCCCCUAAAACGAACACUGAGAGCACAUCAUCCAGCAGGCAGCAAGUUUCUAAGAAGCAAGGGUGA